AUGAAUACGAACUCAGGCUACAGCAGAGGUAACAACAACAUGAUGCCAACAACAACCAAGGGCAUGAGAAGAACUCGCACUGCCAUCGUCAUGAUCCUGUCGUGCAAAUUCUUGGUCGUUGCCGUUGCCUUCCUGGCCUGCGCCAGUGCUGAUGUGUCCCACUUGAGUUCGGGCUACAACUAUCAGGCACCCGCUCCUGUUUACCAGCCAGCGCCAGCUCCGGUCUAUCAGCCAGCACCAGCUCCAGUCUACCAGCCAGCUCCAGCUCCAGCUCCAGCUCCAGUCUACCAGCCAGCGCCAGCUCCAGUCUACCAGCCAGCGCCAGCUCCAGUCUACCAGCCAGCUCCAGCACCAACCUAUGAAGCACCUGCUCCAAUCUACCAGCCCGCCCCAGCUCCAGUCUACCAGCCAGCUCCAGCACCCAUCGCCAUUGAAGCACCCGCUCCAGUCUUCCAGCCUGCGCCUGCACCAAUUUCGAUCCCUGCCCCAGCUCCAGUCUAUCAGCCAGGCCCUGCUCCAGUGCAAGCACCUGCUCCAAUCAACAGCUACAUCCCACCAGCACCAGUCUCGAUCCCUGCUCCCGCUCCAGUCUACCAGCCUGCUCCUGCCCCGAUCCAAAUUGAGGCAGCCGCACCAGCACCUAUUGGCCUGCCCGCUCCAGCUCCAAUCAACGUUGAUGCUCCAGCUCCCAUCAACCUUGGUCCGGCUCCAACCAACCAGUACAUUCCUCCAGCAGCUCCCGCUCCAGCACCAGCUCCCAUCCGUGUUGCUCCUGCUCCAGUCCCAGCCCCAGCCCCUGCCCCAAUCUCUCUCCCAGCCCCCGCUCCAGUCAACCAAUACAUCCCUCCUGCAGGUCCCGCUCCAGCUCCCAUCCGUGCUGCCCCCGCCCCAGUGCUGGCUCCUCAGCCCUCUCUGGAGGAGAUCGAGCCCAUCUCUGCUGAUGGAUACCGCUACAAGACCGUGCGUCGUGUCAUCCGUCGCCGCCUUUAA